AUGGACACAAAUUCCUGUGCAGACACAGAAAUUGUGGAUUACUGUUAUGAAUUUGUAAAUGGGUCUUGUAUUAAAACCACCCGAUCGAACAGCCUUCGAGUAUUCCUGUACACGUUUCUGAUAUUAAUAAUUCUUUCUACUGUCAUUGGGAACCUAUUACUUAUUGUUUCAAUCGUCCACUUCAAGCACCUUCAGACACCCACCAAUUACCUAAUUCUUUCCUUGGCUACUGUGGACUUUCUGCUGGGAUGCUUGGUUAUGCCUUAUAGCAUGGUGAGAUCAGUGGAAACAUGCUGGUAUUUAGGAGAGGCAUUCUACCGCUACUUUGCAGUGUGUGACCCACUAAAGUAUAAGUUAAGAAUAACUUUGUUCUCAGUGCAGAUAAUAAUAUUCAUUAUCUGGAGUGCUUCUGCUGUUUUGGCCUUUGGCAUGAUCUUUUUAAAGUUAAAUUUGAAAGGAAUGGAGGAAUUUUACAGCGAUGAAAUCACUUGCUGUGGGAAUUGCAUACUUGUGUUGAGUGAAAUAUCAGGAGUAAUUUCUUCUUCCAUUUCUUUCUACAUCCCAGGAGUUGCCAUUCUCUAUAUUUAUUGUAAGAUUUAUUUUGUGGCUGUAAAACAAGUGAGGCAGAUAAACAGAGAAACAGUUCAAAUUCAAGACAUCAGAGUAAAUAGAAUCUGGUUUCCACGAAGAUAUGAAAGAAAAGCUGCCAAAACUCUAGGAAUCGUGGUGGGCAUAUUCCUGAUUUGUUGGUCCCCGUUCUUCAUUUGCAACACAAUAGAUGCAUUUCUUAACUAUUCAGUACCACCCGUUUUAUUUGAUACUCUUGUUUGGUUUGGUUACUUGAAUUCUACAUUUAAUCCUAUGAUCUACGGUUUUUUCUUUUCUUGGUUCAGAAAAGCUGUGACAAUUAUUUGCACAUGUAAGAUAUUUCGGUCUCAGUCCUCUAGAAUAAAUUUGUACUGUGAGUAA